AUGACGACCGCGUGGAGCCGAGCGUUCACCAGACCGUGGCUCCGCCUCUCCUCCAUCGUGGCUCCUCAACCCGGCCGGCUGCUGCACGUCGGACAGAAAGCGUCACUGACCAAAGCCUUCUCCUCCAGCGACGUCCAGCUGUUCGCCGAGCUGACGGGCGACACCAACCCGCUGCACCUGGACCCGGCCUACGCCAGAACCACGUCCUUCGAGACGCCCAUCGUCCACGGCGUCCUCAUCAACGGCCUGAUCUCGGCCGUCCUCGGCACCAGGAUGCCCGGCCGGGGCUGCGUCUUCCUGUACCAGGAGAUCCGCUUCCCGGCGCCGCUCUACGUCGGGGAGGAGGUUCUGGCCGAGGCCGAGGUUUGCAAGAUCAAGAUGUCGUUCGCCUUCAUCGCCGUGACGUGUUCGGUCAAAGACAAGGUGGUGAUGGAGGGGGAGGUGAUGGUGAUGAUGCCAGAGGAGUGAAACAAACAUCAGCUUUUAGUUUGGAUUUUUGAUGUGAUGGAACUCGUUUAUUGAAGAAAUGUUUAGAGACGAUCAGCUGAUGUUUAUCUGAGUUCAUCUCUGGACUGGAUUUGGUUUCAUGUGUGGAAUAAAGAUGCAAAGUUUGCUUUGA